CUUGAGUGAAUCAACAGAGGAAGAAAACCCGACAGAAGCACACAAUGCAGUUUGACUGCUACGGGUUAUCCACCCAGGCUUCAUGUAUGUCUCAGCUUCCCAAAUAAAAAUGAAGAAAUCCAUUUUCCCGUUUUGACGAUCGGGACGAAAAGCAAGCUUUCAUAAGUCCAUUUUUACGUUACGCUUGAGGAAAAACCAGCUUCUGCUGCGGACACCGGCGAAAUCUCCUGCUUGACCGCACACAGUGGAUCACACAACGGGCCGCGGAAGGAGGUGCCCAGCCUGCGCUGACGGGGCUGCGCUCAACAUCCGUGACGGUGCAACUCCAGCCCGAGGCCUUGGGGCCUGUUGUAUAUUAUUAUCGUUUUAAAUGGAGGCUCGUACGAAAGGAGAAGCCAGAGGAAAAUGGCCCUCUCUACAGCGCGAGUGAUGAAAGUGACAAUGUCUUGACAGAAAGACAGUAAGUGGAAUAUCUAGAAGCUUUUAUAAUCGCUGUGUUAUUGGAUAAAACAGGCCCGGUGAUGCCCAGACAUGACUGUACUCAGACUACAGUGUGCUCACACCAUACAGCCUCCACUGGACUCGAUUAAAUUAUAAGACGGGAACCUUAAACCACAUUUUCAUCUGAGAUCCGCAACACUGGUCCUGGAGGCGCUGGUUUUUAUUCAGUAUCUGUUGUAAAGUCCCCCAGGCCGGACCAGGGUGUGUUUUUAUUAAGUGCCUUUGUCGGGCAUUGACAUGGACGGUCCCAGUCGAAGCGGAGGCUUCAGGCAGAGCCGUCGCUCCCGCUCGCAGCGUGACCGAGAGCGGCGGCGGAGGAGAGCGGAUCUCGCGGAACACAGGGCCUCGUCGCCAUCCUCGGCCUCGGACCAAGAACUCUGCAGAGGAGACUCACUGCUCCGUGCCAGCGGAGGAGAAUGCAGACCCGGCUUCCCCGGGGCCAGACACCGGCCUCCGCGUCGGAGGAAGCGAGAGUCGGUGUCUUGCGAGGAGGAUAUCAUCGAUGGAUUCGCUAUAGCCAGCUUCAUAAGCCUGGAGGCCUUGGAGAUGGACUGUUCCCUAAAGCCUCCAGAACGUUCUGGCUUGUUCAUGAGUAGAGGAAUCAAAAGGAAGAGAGGCCUGGAUGAAAACGGAGGGCUUCUGUCAGAGCCGGAGGAAGGACCUCCUGCUACAUACACCAACAGUUGGGAGCAGCGCAGGAAAAUCAAAUCUAAACUGAAGAGAAAGGGAGAUGCGAAGGUAUCUGGGAAUCACAUGGAGACAGGAUAUAUUUGUGAUACAGAGAGUGAAUCAGGGGAUAAGGCCUCUGACAAUAUGGAGCCAGCAUUCAUCGUCUGCACAACAGAAGCAGUUAACUCCAACUCUGCAAGCACUGCUGCGGGCAACGGUUGCCCUCUCUUGCCCUCAAAUAGCUCGCAACCCCUUCUGUCAGUCACACCUCGGGUCUCUGGCCUGGAGAGGAGUCAGGAGAGGAGUAUGGAGCAGCCUUACCCUGAGCCCAUCUCUACCUCAUCCUCUCUGCCUAGCCUUGCAGCCCAUUCCACUGCCUCGGUCUCCAACUCACUUCCAGAGCUGCGUAAUGGAAAUGGUGGUCCCUAUCACCGCCAUGAUCCUAGCCCACCACAGCACAAACACAAGCCUUUCCUUGGAAAGUCACAACCAAUCUACAGCAACAACAGGAGCAGUACCUCAGGCAAGCCUCCAUCUUCGUCAGCCUCUUCUUCAUCAAUCAGACCACCUACUUCUGCUACAAGUGCGUCCCUUGUUCGAGGCCCAGGUGGUGUGGGGACAAUAAUACCCUCCUCUCGACCAAGUCCUGGUGCUGUCUUCACGCCGUCCCCCAACCUUCCCCCACCACCUCCUCUCCUGCAGGUGUCACCCCACACUUCAACAGAUCAGGAUCUGAUCUGUCAGGACCUGCCAGACUCAAAUGCUGGCUCUGCACCUGGAGGACCAUCUGUGUCAAACUCGAGCUCUGGGACAUCUAGCAGAUCCUCCCAGGCCCAAACGUCUAUCCCUACAAUGGCCUACCAAUUCCAUCAGCACAAUCACCAGCACCAGCACACUCAUACUCACCAACACUUCUUACAUCCCACAGCUGCACCACCACCACUGUUUGAUAAGUAUCCAAGCAAAAUAGAUGGUCUCUUUCGACACCCAUUUUUUCCUCAGUACCCACCCCCAGUGCCCGUUCUUCCGCCCACAGGACCUUUCAGAUCAUUGCAUGGAGCUUUUCAGCCUAAGCUUGUUGCCCUUCAGGGAGCUGCUCCAGAGAUGGCUGCUGGUUUGGGAGUUGUACCGCCCCACCUUCCACCUAAAGCUCCAAGGCUAACAGACCCAUUUGCACCACCACCAAAAGUCAGUAAUAAGCCUGGAAAAUGGUGUGCUAUGCAUGUCCGUGUUGCUUGGAUGAUUCUAAGGCAUCAAGAAAAAGUCAAGCUAAUGCAUGCUGAUCCACAAAAGCUGGACUUCCGUAAUGACCUGUUGCCUCGACUCCCUGGCCCUGGUAUUGGUGGACUUGGAGGCCUAGGACCACUUGGUGGUCCCCUUGCCCCAACUCCUGAUCUUACAAGACCAGGAAGCCUGUUCACUGGUGGAGUCAAUCCGUCCUCCACACCAUUCAUGCCUCCAUCAACGCCCCAUUCCUCUUUCCUCACCUCAGCAGCACAUCUGGACCCAUAUGUUCGUUCAUCCUCCUACUCUUCUUUGGGAGCCCUGAGUUCUGGUGCCUUUGGAGGCCUAGGCAGCCCCACGAUAGUUGCCAAUGUUUUUGGACAUAAGGCCGAGCCCUCUGCAAGUGCAGUUGGAGGACUGGGUAACCCCCAUGAUCCAUGGAAUCGUCUGCAUGUUACCCCUGCCUCUUUCCCCUCUGGAUCGUCCUGGGCAAAAGGACCAGAGAAGAGAGAUGAUAGAGGAAAGGAUGUGGAAAGAAGAGAACCCACUCAUAUAAAAGACGAAAAGGACAGAGACAGUCUCUUGUAUGGACGCCAGCCAGUGCGAAUGUCACCUGGUGUCCCAUCCCUCAAGCAUCGCAGCAGCACCCCCAGUUCACAUCUAAAUGGCUUGGGCCCACUGAACGGAGGUGGAGUUCAGUCAGAUGGCCAAAGCAGAGAGCGUGAAAGAGAAAGAGAACGGGAGUCAGACAAGAGACAACAUUCUGCAUCCAGGGCGCCAGUGUCAGCUUCCUCUGCAGCACCAGACAGACCUCGAUCUUCAACAUCGUCUAUUCUCACAACCUCUCCUUCUAACGUCCCCUUAGCCCCCUCUCCUCUGGAUCUGUUUCACCGACAGCCACCGCACACACUCAGCACAGAAUCCAGCCAUUCUUCGCAACGAGAGAAAAAUGGUCCAGCCUCUUCUAGUUCACUUCCAGUCAAGAAACCUGAUCGUACCACAACUCCGGUAUCCAAACCUGCACUUGGUCUAACCUCUGAGUUGCUCCUCCCCCAAGUCAAGGUCAAAGAAGAGCGUAAAGAGGAGCCUGAGCCAGUGCCCAUCUCUUUACUGCAUUCCGCCGUGCCUUCACACAAUUUUGAACGGCCUAAUAGUCGGCACCCACACCAUCCAUCCACUCCUUCCUCAACCCUCUCAUUGACACCUACACCUGGCGUGCCUCUUCCUCCACCAACUCCGCACCCUCCACACCAUCCUCUGUCCUUCUUAGAUCGUCCACGGUGUAUUGAUCCCUAUCUUGGUGGUGCUGGAGGCUCAGCCGGACUGGUAUUAGGUGCUGCAGUUGAUCGUUUCCCACCACAUCCACAUGGUCCUCCACAAGGUCAUUCCCAAGCCACUCACUUUCCCUGGGACCCUUGGAGGGAUCUGGCCGCUCAACAGCAGCAACGCAGGGAAGUAUUGGCUCUGAGGUCAGAUCCCCACCUUGCACUUCGCUCUGAUCCACACUUGUCUAGACUUCUCCAGCAUCAGCAGGUACAGCGUUAUUUGGAGGCCGAGAGAGCUGCAGUAGCGGCAGCUGUGGCAACCAGCCCACACCAUCCACCUGCACCUACCUCUACGUCCUCAGUAGGCAGGCCAGAGUUCGGUUUGAUGUGCCACCCGUUCGAUGAGGAACAACGUGCUCAGUUACUGCGGGAAGACUUGGAGAGAGCACGGUACUUUGGGAUGCAUUCACAUCCGCACCUAUCCGCACCUCACCUUCCUAGCCUAUCUCAUGCUGCCCACCUAGAACAGCUUCACGCAGGGCUACUAUCCCACUCUCACCUCCAACCAGCUGGAGCCUCUGCACAAGCAUCACAUCACCCUGGCCUCUACUCUAGACUGGGACCUCUGCAUUCACACUCUCACAUGCCUAAUGGCAUUCUAGCCAAGGCACCAGGUCUAGUUGGGGCAUUGUCUGUUGGGGCUCCACCACCUCUAAUUCCGUCUGUGAACAGAUCUACUCCACCCCGUGGCCCCAGACUUGGUGGAGCAGGAGACUUGGCCCUUUUCACCACACAUAAAGACGGCGAGUCCAGAUAGUACUAGUUAAAGCUCGAGCAGCUUCCAGAACUGCUGUGCUGAAGAAACUGCUCGUUAAAUGGCAAGAUUUUGCAGGACACUCAAAAAGAGCUAAGCUUCAGUGACCAUACACAAGUGUUGAAACAACCUGGGGAGCGAACAGAGACACUUGCCAGGGCUGUUUUUAUAUAUUUAUCCACUGUGGUUAAGUUGGUGCAAUUAAGGUACUCUCUUGCUGUGCCCGGGUUUUUAUGUAGGGUUUUCUUUACAAAGAGGCCUGUGGAUGUUCAAAGACUAUUCAUUACUACUAAUAUGAAGACAGGUUGUGUUGAAGAGUGAUUGAUAAAAAAUUGUGAACUUGUUUGUUUUGGUGAACUUAAGGAAAACCUACUGUAGAGUUAUGGUCCUCAGCUUUGCAUUUGAGUAAAGAGAAAUUGGACCCUUGACAAAGUAGUUGAGUACUUCUCAUUGUCUGAAUCAGCACUGUUGGGAAAUGUAUGAAUUAAAAGAAACACAUGGUCCACAUUCUGCUUUAAAUAUUCAAGUCAUCCAUCAGACAACUUCCAUGAACAUCAGAAUGAACUUCUUAAGAUUUAUUUUAUUCUUUAAAAAAAAAGUUAUGAACUGUACAUCUUGUUGAAUAAUAUUUUAAAAUUCAAAGGGAAAGAACUGUCUCCCAUUCAUUAGUCUGACUCAGUACAAGAGCUGGGCCAGAAUAUAGUAGAAUAGUGAUAUUGCUUUUGUAAUAAUUAUUGUUAACAUUAAUUACCUUCCAUAAUAAAUAUAUUCACUGUUUAUGUUAUAAUGUCAUGUUUCAGGUCUCACCAAAUGCACUCACUUGUUGAAACGAGUCAGUAAUUAUUAUUGUCCAGCAAAGCACUACAGUGAUAUUGGUCCAAAAUACUGGUUUAUGUUAAAGCCUGUGUACAGAGGAUGUAUCAAAGCCAGCCUCUACGGUUCAGAGAACUGUAUAUCAUCAUAAUUUGGGAGAAGUGUGUGUGGUAUGUCUAUGUUCUCCACAGUUGAAGCCUUUGGAAGUCUCCAACAGCCAUCACCCAAACACACUCGGAGCGAAACGAGGCAUCUGUCGACUGGACAAAAGGAGUGCAGGUCUUGUACUUGCAGCUAAACUAUAGGAUUAGAAAGACUCUUGAGAUACAGUGCAUUCUGGAUUAAUUAUUUGAGCAAAACAAUUUUAUACAUUUUAAAUAUGUCCCCCUCCCCUUGAAAAGAAAACCACAAUGAUUAUUAAAAAUGGU